ACUACAUACCGAGUAAGAAGAAGCAAAUUGGAAGUUGUAUUUCAAAACCUGCAAAGCUUGUUCUUGCUUUCAUAUUACCUCAACUCAAACUGCUCCUCCUGUCUUUGUUAUAUACAACAAACAAAAAGAGUAUUAAGAAAACUUCUACUCCGAUCCAUUUUGGCUCUUAGAUUUUCUUGAAUCUUAAACUUGAGAGAAGGGCAGCUUGUAAUUGACCAAAAUGGCAGCUGAUGAUAUUAGUGAGAAGCUGUUAAGUAAAGUACAAGUCCAAGAGGGUGAUAAUGGAUUGAAACUUAAGGACAAGAUAUGGAACGAGUGGAAGAAAAUGUGGGUAAUUGCUGCUCCUGCUAUUUUUACUAGAUUCUCAACGUUUGGUGUAAAUGUCAUUAGCCAAGCAUUCAUCGGUCACAUUGGAUCUAUCGAACUAGCAGCUUACGCGCUUGUCAUCACUGUCCUCCUCAGAUUCGGGAAUGGCAUUCUGUUAGGAAUGGCAAGUGGAUUGGAAACGUUAUGUGGACAGGCCUAUGGUGCUAAACAAUAUCACAUGUUAGGCAUAUAUCUCCAAAGAUCUUGGAUUGUCUUGACAGUAACAGCGACUCUGCUUUUACCGAUCUUUAUUUUCACAGCGCCAAUAUUAAAAGCUUUAGGCCAGGAUGAAGCGAUAGCUAAAGAGGCCGGAGUCAUUUCGUUAUGGUUAAUACCAGUGAUUUAUGCCUUCAUUGCAUCUUUUACAUGCCAAAUGUUCUUACAAGCACAGAGCAAGAACAUGAUCAUUUCAUACUUAGCAGCAUGUACUCUUGUGAUCCAUAUAUUUCUAUCGUGGCUUUUAACCGUGAAGUUCAAAUUUGGAAUUACUGGCGCCAUGAUAUCGACACUUUUGGCAUACUGGCUUCCGAAUAUUGGUCAGUUAAUGUAUGUUACUUGUGGAGGAUGCAAAGAAACAUGGAAAGGUUUUACUUCGUUGGCCUUUAAAGAUCUCUGGCCUGUUAUCAAGCUCUCUUUCUCUUCAGGUGCAAUGCUCUGCCUUGAACUCUGGUACAACACUAUACUGAUUCUUCUUACCGGAAACCUGAAAAAUGCUAUGGUUCAGAUUGAUGCUCUUUCUAUAUGUCUUAACAUCAAUGGUUGGGAAAUGAUGAUUUCUCUUGGAUUCUUAGCUGCAGCAUGUGUACGAGUAUCAAACGAGCUGGGAAGAGGGAGCGCAAAAGCAGCAAGAUUUUCAAUCUUGACAAUAGUGGCAACCUCGUUUGUCAUUGGCUUCGUCCUGUUUCUGUUCUUCCUGUUCUUGCGCGGACGCCUGGCUUAUAUAUUCACUGAAAGUGAAGAUGUAGCUGAAGAAGUGGAUCACUUAUCUCCUCUAUUAGCAUUUUCUAUACUUUUGAACAGUGUCCAACCAGUUCUUUCUGGUGUAGCUGUUGGAGCUGGAUGGCAGAGCAUAGUAGCAUAUGUUAACAUUGGCUGUUACUACUUGGUUGGAAUUCCAGUUGGAGUUGUGCUUGGUUAUGUUUUCAAUAUGCAAGUUAAAGGUGUUUGGGUUGGAAUGCUGUUUGGUGUACUGACGCAAACUACAGUACUACUUGUAAUCACUCUAAAAACUGAUUGGGAUAAGCAGGUAUUAAUUGCUCAGCAGAGAGUGAAGAAGUUCUUUAUAGAAGCUGAACCUAAUGCUGAUUCACAGACUGCUUGAAGUUGAGAUUUAUACCUUUUUUGAUUACUGGUAUUUGCUGCCAUAUUAUUUUACAUGGCCUUCAUUCAUGCAAAAGGAAAAUUUGAGUAGGGGCUCAUUGGAUUAAUAUCUCCUUCUCUUUCUUUUCUUCGAAUCAAAAUUUGUAGGAAAUAAAAAGAAAAGAAGAAUUGAUGUGGCUUAUCAUAGGAAUUUAUUGUCAAAA